ACGCUCGUUCGCCGGUUUUCGGGGGCAGAACAUCGGACAGCUGUUUUCUCCACUGCGCUAGGUAACUCCCACUUGACGCAGCCAUGAAUCGUGACAAGGACUUCAGCAAGAACAAGCUGGAAAACCCCGUCCAGAAUGCCUCGUUCAUCUCGCGGCGGACCUUCUGGUGGUUGAAGGACAUCUUUCGGGCGGGGCAACGGAAGGCAAUCACAGAGGACUUGCUGUACGCGAGCUUGCCGGAACACCGCAGUGGUCAGCUGUCGGAGCGCUUCGAGCGGUUGUGGACUGAGGAGUUGGUCCGACCUCAGCCCAGCUUGAUGCGGACGUUCUGUCGAGCGUUUGGAGCGGUUACGCUGUUCUGGGGACUGCUGUUUUCAGUGCUGGAAACGGCGAAUAGAGUUGCGCAACCGCUGCUCCUUGGAGCUCUAGUGUCUUACUUCUCGCCGGGACAAACCGAAAUUAGUGAACGCGAAGCGUACUACUACGCGGCCGGCAUCAUCGUGUGUUCGCUGAUCCCAGUACUUACAUUCCAUCCGUUCAUCCUGUUCAUAUUCGAAAUUGGCCUUAAGCUACGCGUCGGCGCUUCCUGUCUAAUCUACAAUAAGUCGCUGAGGCUCACCAAGUCAACGACCGCCACCGACGGGCUGAGCGGGAAGAUACUCAACCUGCUGUCCAACGAUGUCGGGAAGUUCGACAUCGCGCUUGCGUUCAUCCACGACCUGUGGAAAGGCCCUAUGGAGGCUCUACUGUUGGGUUACUUUAUCUACAUUGAGAUUGGCUACUCCGGACUGCUCGGAAUGGGUUUCCUGCUCAGUUUUAUCCCAUUGCAAGCCUGGAUCGGCAAAAAGACGGCCACCUACCGGAUGAAGGCGGCCAAGCGAACCGACCUGCGCGUUCGCUUCAUGAACGAAAUCAUUCAGGGCAUCCAGGUGAUCAAAAUGUACACCUGGGAGAACUCGUUCGCCAAAAUGGUGGAAACCGUCCGGCGGAAGGAGAUCAACGCAAUCCGCGGCGGAGCGUACGUCCGAGCGACGCUCAUCUCCUUCUUCGUAGUGUCCCGGGUAUCAAUCUUCCUGAGUUUACUGUCGUACACCUACACCGGCAACGUAAUCACCGCCCGCAAGGUGUUCAUCGUGACCAGCUUCUACAGCAUCCUGAACGAAUCGAUGGUGCACUUUUGGCCGAUGGCCAUCACGUUCUGCGCCGAGGGGUACAUCUCGAUCAAGCGGGUGCAGGAGUUCCUUCUGACUGCUGAGGGGAAGGAAAAGCUUAGGGUGGACAAGGCGGUGUCGCCUACUGUGUUGAUCGAAGACGAGGAAAAGCGGAAGGAGCAAGCCAACGGGAAGCUGGCGGAAAAGGAAGAAGUCGAGCAGCUGCUGCCGGCGAAGCGGGUCGUGAACGUGAACUGUGAACGCAAGGGAAUCGUGCUGGAGGGCGUAACGGCCAAGUGGGUUGUGAGUGCGGAAGAAGCGAACGUGGGAAUAGCUGGGGUGACGAGCACGGUGAAUCAGGGACAGUUGUGCGUUGUGAUUGGACCGGUGGGGUCGGGCAAGUCUACGCUGUUGCAAGUGCUACUGGGGGAGUUGGACGUCGACGAGGGAAUGGUUCAGAUCAAUGGGUCGGUUAGUUAUGCGGCGCAGGAGCCGUGGCUGUUCGAGGGAAGCAUACGGAACAACAUUCUGUUUGUGGAGGAUUUCGACGAGCAGCGGUACUUGGACGUGGUAAGGGUUUGUGCGCUGGAGAGAGAUUUUCAGCUGUUUCCACAUGGAGAUCAAACGAUCGUUGGUGAGCGUGGUAUUAGCUUGAGUGGAGGUCAGAAGGCGAGAGUCAAUUUGGCCCGGGCGAUCUACAAGAAGAGUGACAUCUACCUGCUGGAUGAUCCUCUGUCAGCUGUGGAUACGCACGUUGGUAAGCACAUCUACGAGAUGUGCAUUCGCGAGUUCCUAGCGGACAAAGUAUGCGUUCUGGUGACGCAUCAACUGCAGUAUUUGAAGGACGUACAGCACAUCAUGCUUAUGAACGGGGGAUCGGUGGAAGCCCAGGGAACGUAUCGAGAAAUCAAGAAAACUCAGCUUGACUCGAUAGUGGCGUUGACACCGGAGGAAUCUCCCACGGAGAACAAGUUCGAGAAGGACUUCCAGAAGCUGACCGCGCACAGCGAGAAGGUCAACCUGGACCAGGAAAAGCAGGAGGAGGUGGAGGAAUCUCAGGGCGAAGGCUCGGUGAGCAUGUCCGUGUACAAAACGUACAUCACUGCGAUCGGCAGCUGCGGCUGGAUCUUUUUCAUCUCGGUGCUGGUAGUGUUGGCCCAGGUUGCCGUCAGCGGGGUGGACUUUUUCGUCGCUCAAUGGGUCAACUGGGAGGAGUCGCUGGGGCUGGAGGUAAUCGAGCAAAGCGAAAAUGGAACAACUAUCGAACCACCCGCCGAUCACAGCGAAGAACGCCAGCGAUACGUGCUGAUCUACAGCAUCCUGAUCGGGUUUUUCGUGUAUCUGAUCCUCCAGCGCACGUUCUCCUUCUUCUACGUGUGUCUACGAAUCUCAAUGAACCUGCACGAUCGCAUGUUCCGUGGCCUAACGCGAGCCACGAUGCACUUCUUCAACAGUAACCCGUCCGGGCGAAUCCUGAACCGCUUCUCGAAGGACAUCGGAGCGAUCGAUACGACACUGCCGAUGUCGCUGAUCGACUGUUUGGUGUUCUUCCUGGAGAUGAUCUCCGUUGUGGUGCUCGUGUCGAUCGUCAACUACUGGUUCCUGGUGCCAACGGCGGUGAUUGCGAUUCUCAUGUUCUUUAUCCGGAAGGUUUACCUGAACACUUCGCGGGUCGUCAAGCGCAUAGAAUCGGUGAACCGAUCGCCGAUCUUUACCCACGCGAACGCCACCCUGCAGGGACUGUCCACGAUCCGUGCCUUCCAGGCGCAAAAGGUGUUGAGCAGGGAGUUCAACGAACAGAUGGACGUCAAUACGGCCGCGUGGUACAUCUUCAUCACGACUACGCGAGCGUUCGCCUUCUGGCUGGACGUGGUCUGCGUGAUCUACAUUGCGGUGGUGACGCUGAGCUUUCUGGUGAUGGGCCAGAACUCGCUCGGAGGAAGCGUCGGGUUGGCCAUCACGCAGACCAUUAGUUUGAUCGGGAUGUGCCAGUGGGGAAUGCGUCAAUCGGCGGAGCUGGAGAACCAGAUGGUGUCGGUGGAGCGUGUCAACGAGUACACGAACCUGACGGCGGAACCUCCGCUGGAGACGGCGCCCAAGCAUCGACCGCAGCGCAACUGGCCAGAGAAUGGGGUGAUCAAGUUCUUCAACGUCGACUUGAGGUACUCGGAAGAUGGGGAGAAGGUGCUGAAAGACUUGAGCUUUACGGUACAGUCGAACGAGAAGAUUGGUAUCGUUGGAAGAACCGGAGCGGGCAAGUCUUCGCUGAUUCAAGCACUGUUCCGGCUCGCUCCUUACGAAGGGACGAUCGAGAUCGACGACAUCGACACCAAGACGCUCGGACUGAGGGAUCUUCGCAGCAAGAUCUCGAUCAUUCCGCAGGAUCCGAUUCUGUUCUCGGGAACGCUGCGAAGCAAUCUGGAUCCGUUUGAGGAGAAGAGCGACGAAGAGCUGUGGCGAGCGCUGGACCAGGUCGAGCUGAAGGAAGCCGUCUCAUCGCUGGCCGGUGGACUAGAGUGCAAGAUGUCCGACGGGGGUACCAACUUCAGCAUGGGCCAACGACAGCUGGUCUGCCUGGCGAGGGCCAUCCUGCGGAACAACAAGAUUCUGGUGCUGGACGAAGCGACUGCCAACGUCGAUCCGGAAACGGACAAACUCAUCCAGACCACGAUCCGGGGCAAGUUUGCCGACUGCACAGUAUUAACGAUCGCGCACCGGCUGCACACCGUCAUGGACAGCGACCGGGUGCUGGUGAUGGACGCGGGCCGCGUCGUCGAGUUUGGCCACCCGCACGAGCUGCUGCACGGUCCCUCGGGGUACCUGCGGCGGUUGGUCGACCAGACGGGCGUUGCGACGGCGGCGCUGCUGAUGCGGAUAGCGGACGAAAAUCAUCGGAAACUCAAGGAGCAGUAGGAACACAAAGAACAAACACACACACACACAGGAACUGCCUCAAGAUUAGUGAUUUAGCGUAGGGACAAAAGUGCUUAAACAUUUGAUUUUAAUGAUACUAGCUAGGAAACAUUUAGCAACUUUUUUGUACUUAGACCCGGUGAGAAACGGUAAAUUAGACGACAAGCAAUACACAGAACAAAGUGUCUUUUAAAUAAAAUUGGAACACGUGCUAAAAAUAGCGAUCUUGCA